AUGGAAGCUCGUCAAGAAGUCGAUGCCGAGCAAUGGGUCGUUCAUUGGACUAGCUAUGCAGGUCGCGUCAAAGCCGGCGACGACGAUGGCUGCAUCGGAAGUAGCCUCUACAGCCUACCUUCGCAAGCUGAUUUCUCACCACAGGGAUCAGCUUGCGGAAGUGCCAAAGGACGCACCGCCUCCAUCAGAGACCAAGCGCUGGAUGCAGACAACGCAGGGCUGGGCUAUCUGAACGUCAGCAAGCAAGACGAUCAUACGGUUCUACAGAGGGAGCCGGCCGCACGACAGAAGCGCCCGUCCCACCAGGCAGCAUCAGAUACUGCCAAGGUAUGA